AUGCGGGCAAGUAACAAUGGCAUCCUGUCAAAUCAGGCAACCAAUGAACGUCCAACAAGAAGACCACGGCGGUUCAAAAGGAGACUUAACCUUCACUCCUUCACAGAUGAGGAAGUUCGGCAACAUUUUCGAUUGAAUAAGGAAUUGAUUUUGCAGCUUUAUGAGGAAAUCAAACCGCACAUUGAGAGGCAUACCAGAAGAAGUCAUGCCAUAGGUGGAAUGACCAAACUCCUGGCAGUCCUGCAUUUCUUCGUAAGUGGCUCUUUCCAGUAUUGCAUAGCUGCCAAAAUUGGAUUUACACAACCAACAUUUAGUCGCUGUAUUCACCAGGUUGUGGAUGCAAUUGUCAAAAUAAGCCACAAAUACAUUCGUUUUCCAUAUAGCUCACCUGAACGUGACUUGGUAAAACAGAAAUUUUUCCACAAAUAUGGCAUGCCAUUAACAAUUGGAUUAAUUGAUUGCACACACAUUGCAAUUAUUCCACCAACAGUUGAAGAGCAAAGUUAUAGAAACCGUAAAAUGUUUCACUCCAUAAAUGUUCAACUUAUAUCUGGGCCUUCAGGGGAAAUAUUGGACAUUGUGGCACGAUUUCCAGGAGGCACACACGACUCGUUUGUGUUAAGUGGCAGUGGUCAACUUUUCCAAAGUGGAUAUUUUGAGGAAGAUAUGUUAUUAGGCGAUAAUGGUUAUCGGCUUACGCCAUGGCUACUGACCCCUUAUCUUUCUCCUCGGACGGAUGCCCAGCAGCGCUAUAAUAAUGCCCACCGGAAAACCCGAAGCCAGGUUGAGAGAGUUUUUGGCCAACUAAAGUCAAGGUUUUGA